AUGGCAGCUCAAAGAUCUCAGUUUCAAGAAGAAACGAUGAGUAAUUUCCGGAAUACGGGUUCCUCCAUUAAAAAUUUGGAAAUUCAAAUGAGUCGGAUAGCACAGCAGUUAGCAAACUCUCAACAGCGGGGCGCGUUACCAAGUGCCACAGUUACCAAUCCUAAAGAUCAUAAUAAUGUGAGCGCUAUUGUUACUAGGAGCGGUAAAGGGAAAGGUGUAGUUAAAAAUAAUGAUGAGGAAGAGGAACCAUUGUUGGAGGUAGACUUGGAGAUAAAAGAAAAUGAGGUAGAAGCUGAGGAAGUGGUCGUGAUGGAACCAACACCAAAAGAGAAGGCGGUUGAGCAAAAGCCGACAGUAAAACUUCCUUUUCCGAUAAGGAACAAGAAAAAAGGGCAACAUGAGAAGAAUUUUGAAAAGUUCUUGGAGAUGUUCAAGAAGCUGGAGAUUAAUAUUCCAUUCUUGGAGGCAUUAGAACAAAUGCCUACUUAUGCAAAAUUUAUGAAGGACAUCAUCUCCAAGAAAAGAACCAUCGAUCGUGACCCUAUUAUAUUAACCGAAACGUGUAGUGCUAUUUUGCGGGGUAUGAAGAUUCCGGUGAAGAAGAAGGAUCGAGGUUCCGUGACUAUUCUUUGUACAAUUGGGGAUAGGUCAUUCAAGAAAGCUCUAAUUGAUUUGGGAGCAAGUGUGAGCCUUAUGCCGUUGUCUAUCUACAAGAGAUUGGGGAUAGGUAAUGUACAGGAUACAAGAAUGACACUCCAGUUUGCUGACCACUCUGUGAAAAGACCUUAUGUGAUAGUAGAAGACGUGCUUGUGAAAAUUGACAAAUUUGUGUUCCUAGUGGAUUUUGUGAUUCUAGAGAUGACGGAAGAUGAGGAGAUCUCUAUUAUUUUAGGAAGGCCAUUUCUAGAGACAGGGCGAUGCUUGAUAGACAUUGAAGAAGGCACAAUGACUCUGAAAGUUUAUGAUGAAGAGCUAAAGAUUGAUGUGCGCAACACCAUGAAGUACAAGGAUGAUAUAGCAACUAGUCAACACAUUGAGGUGAUUGAUCAAAUCUGUACUAAUGAGGAUUCUUUGAAAACACAACAAUUACCUCUAGAAAGAGUGUUGAGCUUAUCCAUUUGCGAUAAAGAUGAAGCUGUUGAUGAAAAAGAAGUGGAAGUAGUGGCUAUGAUGGAAGCAAGUCCCAUAUUCAAAAGUUCUAGACAAAACCGGUGGGAGGAUCUUAGACAACCUUUGGUUGAAGAAAAAAAGGAGGAACCUAAGAAGGGUGCUGAAUUGAAACAACUCCUGGAGAACUUAAAAUAUGUUUUCCUUGAUGCUGAAAGUAGGUGUCCGGCUAUCAUAAGUUCUCACCUUGAACGGUUGCAAGAAGUUAAGUUGGUCGAAGUGUUAAAGAAGCAUAAAAGUGCCAUGGGGUGGUCUAUUGAAGAUUUAAAAAGGACCAGUUGA